AUGAAGACGUUGUCUUCCACGAUGUACCAUAAUCCUGCUAAUAAUUUGUCCUUGGCGGGAUCAGGCCAUGCAGUUAUAGAAACCACCCAUAACAGUAUUAGCACUGUGCGCAUCAGGAAUAUUAGGUUAUUAUUGACACAUGUUCAGAAACACUUCAAAUUAGUAUCUGUUUCAAGAUCUGCUCUAGGAAGGGAUUAUACAUAUAUCCUGAAAAAUAAAGGCAAUAUUAACAGUUCCUGUAAAGAAUUUUUGUUAGAGGAUUUUCAGAAACGAAGUCUCAGACUGAAUGGGCAUAUUUUAGGUAGGCGCUGGCCGGCGCAUACUAUACAAGAACUCACAGAUAAUGAAGCAAUAAUGUAUGAAAGCUCAAAAGGAGGAUUAUCAGGGGAUCUGAAGCCGCGUAAUUCUUUUGUACACCACAUACGAAGGGUACAAAUCGUUAUGAUUAGACAUAAUAUGGAGAUUCUACAACGGAUUCUUCAAAGGAUUAGAUACAUAGAACAGACGGUUCUAGCUAAGAAAAUCCGCAUUAUCAUAGAAUAUCAUAGAGAAUUAAGUGUGGCUUCCCAAGAAACUUUAUCAAUGAGAAAUAGGACAUUAGGCACCGAAGUAAGACGUCAAGCAAAAUGUCCCCUAAACCUCAAAGGGGAAUUGCGGAAGAUCCAUACUGUACUUCAACAACUGAAAAGAACAAUCUUAGUAAGUCUCGCAAUACUAAAAAUCAAGAAUCUUCAGGAGGCAUUAAGGGGAAUCCGUACUAUAAUCCUCAAGCAGUACCACGCCGUCAUCAAUUCGGCAUACAAUUUCCUAAGGAGGAGUAAACACCAUCCGCAUAUUAGGAGCAGUGAAUAUCUCUAUGUGCUUCUGAGAGUAUCCGAAUAUGGACAAAAAUUCGACGUAACUGAUUAUUAUUGGAUGUUAUGUUCUAAUGAUAGCGGGGCGCCUCCAUGGCUGAAGGAGGAUCGUGACUCCCAAAACCCCUUUUUGACAGAAGGAGACGGAGGAGCUCUCAGAAAUAAAACAGGAGAGCUAUUUCUGAAUAAGGAGCUCCAAAUUCCUUGUAUCAGGAAAAUAUUGAAGAAUGACAACUCCUUCAUUGAGGAUCCUACCUAUACCAUCAAGGUGUAUUUUUAUUUGAUCAACUCAAUUCUCUUGCGCCCCCGGAAUAAUUCUGUCCGGAAAAUAUAA